ACGAUUUGAGCUCACGUUUGUAAGCAUUUGUCGAAGUCAGUUUCGAUGUCCUCAGCAGACAUGAUGUAUUGAGAGUGGUGCGCCAUGUGCCUGGUAUGAUUGUGCAUGUUGCCAUGUCUUCCACAUCUACAGAUGAAGGAUGAAGGAUAAGGAAAUCCAAAUUCUGCCUACACUGACUGACGCAUCUGAGACUGACGAUAUAGAGGAUGUGGAUUCUCCAAGUUCUCCAAUUGUUCAACCACAACCAAAAAAAACUAAAUCUCAAACACCUGGAAUGCAGCCUCCACGCUCCAAAAAGCAAAAAAUAUCCGAAAUACAUGCUGUUGAACACAUAGUUGAUAAACUACAUGCAAUAUCACAAAACGUUAAACCAGCUGGCAAAAAUGGUUCUGUGAGACACACUAGUGAUGAACUGUCUCAUUUUGGAGAGUACGUUUCAGCACAAUUGGGGCAAUUAAACCCAAUUGAUUCUCUUAAUGCUCAAAAAGCUAUCCAAGACAUUCUUAUAGCUGCAAGAAUCAAAUCAUUGAAUCGAAACAUGCAAAUUCACAGAUAUUCUUCACUAUCACCAACCAUAGCUACCUCUGUAUCUGGAUCUGACAGAACUGAUGUGGAAGAUAUUCAUUACCAAGACAAUUCAAACGACUUACUUUCUCCUGCUUUGCAAACCAGUUUCUUACUAGAAACCGACAAAGAACAAAAUGAUUCCGACAAUUUUCUGGUCUUUCAAGAAAUUGUUGUUGACAAGAACAAUUGUAAUUAUGAAAUUAUUUAAAAAUUAAUUGACAUCCUACUUGUAACAGUAAACAUAAUUAUAAAAUAUAAUGUGUUUUUUGUUUACC